AUGGGGAAUCUGAGCCAGCCCUCUGAAUUUGUCUUCUUGGGCUUCUCCUCUUUGGGUGAGCUGCAGGUUCUUCUGUAUGGACCCUUUCUUGUGCUGUAUCUUCUCGCCUUCCUGGGGAACACUAUCAUCAUAGUCAUGGUCAUAGCUGACACACAUCUACAUACUCCCAUGUACUUCUUUCUGGGAAACUUUUCUCUGUUGGAGAUCUUGGUGACCAUGACUACAGUGCCUAGAAUGCUCUCAGACCUGCUGGUCCCACAAAAAGUCAUUUCCUUCAGUGGCUGCAUGGCCCAGUUCUACUUCUACUUCUCCCUGGGUUCCACCUCCUUCCUCAUCCUGUCAGACAUGGCCCUUGACCGCUUUGUGGCCAUCUGCCACCCUCUACGCUAUGGCACUUUGAUGAGCUGGUCUGUGUGUGUCAGGCUGGCUGGGGUUGCCUGGGCAGCUCCUUUCCUAGCCAUGGUACCCACUGUCCUCUCCCGAGUUCACCUUAAUUAUUGCCACGGCAAUGUCAUAAACCACUUCUUCUGUGACAAUGCACCUCUACUCAAGUUGUCCUGCUCUGACACACGCCUGCUGGAAUUAUGGGACUUCGUGAUGGCCUUGGCCUUUGUCCUCAGCUCCUUCCUGGUGACCCUCUUCUCCUAUGGCUACAUCGUGACCACUGUCCUGAGGAUACCCUCUGCCAGCAGCCGCCACAGGGCUUUCUCCACAUGUGGAUCUCACCUCACUCUGGUCUUCAUCGGCUAUAGUAGCACCAUCUUUCUGUAUGUUCGGCAUGGCAAAGCACACUCUGUGGAUGUCAAUAGGAUAGUAGCCUUGGUGACGUCAGUCUUCACCCCCUUCCUCAAUCCUUUCAUCCUGACUUUCCGCAAUGAGACAGUCAAAGCAGUGCCGGGACAGAUGCAGAGGCUGAAAGGCUUUCACAAGGCACUGUGA